AUGAGAGAGAGAGGGAGAGGCAGGCUCCAUGCAGGGACCCCGACUCGGGACUCGAUCCCGGGUCUCCAGGGUCAGCCCUCGGCCCAAGGCACCUGCUAAACUGCUGAGCCACCGGGGCGUCCCAACCUGUUUUUAUUUUCUUUUUAAGAUUUUAUUUAUUCAUGAGAACACACACACACACACACACACACAGGCAGAGACACAGGCAGGGGGAGAGGCAGGCUCCCUGCAGGGAGCCAGUCAUGGGACUCGAUCCCGGGUCUCCAGGGUCAGCCCUGGGCCCAAGGCACAUACUAAACCGCUGAGCCCCCCGGGGCAUCCCAACCUGUUUUUAUAAUCAGUUUGCUUUCCUUCUGCUUAUAAUAAGCGUGUCAUGGUCAUAUCCAUAAUUCAUUAACAGCUAGGUGUCCCGUUUUCUGUUUCUCUUUCUUCUACUUUCACGGUUGCUUGUGUGCAAACAAUACGGUUUUUGUAUCCAAAACCAAAGGUAUGAGAAAGUAGCUUUAUCUUGUACAAAUGAGUGAGACCCAAGGAGCUGAGUGUAGCAAUGAGGUUGGCAAGGCAUCUAUCUACUCGCUGGGCUCAAUUCCUUUCGAAGUCAGUUGUGUUCCCUUAGGCUCUGGUUUAGCGACACUCCCCUUGUUACUACUUUGAAGGUGAUUUGUAGUGAUCCUGUGAAGAGCAGGUCUUGAAAGAAUUGUUUUUAAGAAGUUGGUUCAUACAGAUAAACUCAGGCCCGCAAGUGAUUGAUUGAUUUAAGGAAUGGUGGUACUGCCUCAGGAUGAUUUUUUUAAGAGUAAAAAAGAUUUUAAAAAGACCUGGUGGGAAAUCAGCUCCAACAAUGAGCCAAAGAGACCCUAAGUUAAACACACACACACACACACACACACACAAACAAACAACAAACAAACAGCCCCACCUGUAAGUGCUACUUCAUGCCCUUCAAGCCUCCCCACAGCUUUGGCUGGCAAAGGUUAUUCUCUGUGUAGAAGAGGCAACAAUGGCCUGCUGUGACUAAGAGUUGUCCGUGUCAGGUGGCUCCAAGGACUGAGAACAGCUUUCAGCUUAGGAGGAGGAGUCGUUGUGGAAGCCAACUCUAAAUCCAUUUAUCAAAUUUAUGGAGAAGCCUGCGGUUGAUGGAAGUCAUUCAGAAGAACUAUGUUCUCAUUUUACAACUACACCAGAGAAUGAACAUUUACCACAGGCUGCCAGUGAAAGUCAUCUCAGCUGUCUAAAGCAAGACAGCCUGAAUGAAGAGACUGACCUGGAAGCAACAUUUAAGGAAGCUGAGUUGGCAACUUGUUCUGUAGAAUUAUUUUUGCCAUUAUUUAAGGAUACCGUUGAAGAGAUUAGUUUUGAAAAUGCUAAUCUUUUUGCAUCCUCUUUGAAGAAGAUUUCUAAACAGAAGGAAAUAUUAACAAAAGAAUUAGACACUUUCAAACGUGUAAAACAAGCUUUAGAACAUCUUCUUAGAAAGACAGAAUCCCAACAAGCAGGGGACAGUUUAUCCAGCAUGUUAGAGAAGCUAACUCAUAAUGAAAAUGAAAAUACUAAUCUUAAGAAGAGGGUACUUGAAAAGGAGACCUAUAUUCAAGAACUUUCUUGUUUGUUUCAGAAUGAAAAGGCAAAUGCUUUGAAAGCAAACCGUUUUUCACAGUCAGUGAAAGUAGUACAUGAACGACUACAGUUCCAAAUUCAUAAAAAGGAAGCAGAGAAUGAUAAAUUAAAAGAAUACAUAAAGAGCUUGGAAACCAAGAUAGCUGAAUGGAACUUACAAGUGAGGAAGAAUAAGCAUGAAGCUGUAGCAAUGAAAGAAUCAAGUAGGCAAAAAACUAUAGCUCUAAAAAAGGCAUCUAAAAUUUACAGACAAAGGCUUAAACACUUUACUGGAGACAUGGAAAACCUUACCUCCCAAAUUAGAGAUCAGGAAGCCAAGCUGUCUGAAACAAUUUCAGCUUCCAAUGCCUGGAAAAGUCAUUAUGAGAAAAUUGUAAUAGAAAAAACUGAAUUGGAAGUUCAGAUUGAAACAAUGAAAAAGCAAAUUACUAAUCUUUUGGAAGACCUAAAGAAAGUGGAAGACCUUGGAAAAAAUUCUUGUGAAGAAAUUCUUAGAAAACUUCAUUCAAUUGAAUAUGAAAAUGAAACUCUGAAUCUUGAGAAUACAAAACUAAAGACUACACUUGAUGCUUUGAAGGAUGAGGUUGUUUCUGUUGAAAAUGAACUUUUAGAAUUGCAAGAAGUAGAAAAACAACAGAAAGCCCUUAUUGAAGUAUAUAAAACUCAGAUACAAAAGUUGCAAGAAGCAGCUGAAAUGCUGAAAAGCAGAUGUGGAAAUUUGCUACAUGAAAAUAACCUAAUUACAAAAAACAAAAAUAAAAAAUUAGAGAAGAUGAGAGGCCAGAUGGAGUCUCAUCUGAAGGAGUUAGAGCACGUCCAUGAUUCGUUGACGGGAGCAGAACGGAGACUUCACGAGUGUCAGGAGAGUCUGCAGCACUACAAGGGGAAAUGUGCAGACCAGGCGUGCACCAUUAGGGAGCUUCAGGGCCAGGUUGAUGCAAAUCAUAAUCUUCUGAGAAAGCUUUCUCUGGAAGAGGAAAAUUAUCUUAUUCAGUUGAAGUGUGAAAACCUUAAACAAAAAUUAGAACAGAUGGAUGCGGAAAAUAAAGAGCUUGAAAAGAAGCUGGCAAACCAAGAAGAAUGUAUUAAGCAUAGCAAUCUUAAGUUUAAAGAGAAAUCUGCAGAAUAUACAGCAUUGGCCAGACAGCUGGAAGCUGCUUUAGAAGAAGGAAGACAAAAGGUUUCUGAAGAAAUAGAGAAAAUGUCAUCUAGAGAGAGGGCUUUACAGAUCAAAAUAUUAGAUCUGGAAACUGAGCUUAGAAAGAAAAGUGAAGAACAAAAUCAACUUGUUUGCAAAAUAAACAGUAAAGCACAACAGCAGGAAGUAUGUUUGAAGGAAAUACAACAUAGUCUUGAAAAGUCGGAGAAUCAAAAUGAGAGUAUUAAGAAUUAUUUACAGUUUCUUAAAACUUCUUAUGUAACAAUGUUUGGAUAAAUUGUCAGAUUUAUUUUCUAUAAGCAAAAAGAUUUUACUCUAAGUCUAAAACAUGAUUAGGUACAAAAAUAAUAAUAAAUAUACUUUAAUUUAUGGGUGGUAGUAGAUUUAUGUAGAGUUCUUAAAUACAAUUUAUCCAAUUGCAACUUUAAAAUAAGAUACAGAUGUUAGUAUUCCUGUUUGCUAGGUAAUUUCCACUUAGCUCUGGUUUAAUACUUAUUUAAAUUAUAUUGAUUUUUAGAAUGGUUUUCACACACACAGAAGCCAGAAUCAUUUUUUUGUUACUGUCUGUAACCACCAUUCAAGUGAAUUUGUAAUAAAUCUAGGCCAGUUAUGAGCCAAAUACAUGAUUUUGAAUAACAUAUAUAAUUUGUUUUACUUUGUAAAAA